AUGCUGGUGGACGUCCAGGACAGCGGUGCUGGGGUGGACGGUGGUCGGGGGUUGACGGGAGCUGCUCUGCGCGACUACAGCGUGCGCCACCGCGACUACAGCCUGAAACCUGAGAGCGGUGACGUCACGGCCCCAGAUCAGUCUGCACGAGGGGCCAGCGGCGAUUCCUGCGCUGACUGGGAGCGAAAUAAUGACAUAGCAGCACGUACAGCACCCACGCAGACGGCAUGGACCUGUUCUGUGCUCGGAGGAAAGCAGACGAGCGCCCGCAGGAGCAUCUCUGCGGCGCACAAAUCUGUGGAAGUCAUGAGUCACACAACCGGUAGAUCUGUGCGGGUCCAAGCGACGCAGUGGAGGAUUUAA